CAUGUACACCCUUGGUGGUUUGGUUUGUCCGGAGUACCACCCAGACACCAGUAUGUGGACACACAACUAUUUUCACGAUGCCGGACUUCUGAAUUUUUCUACGAAGAAACCCUCUUUUCACGUUACGGAUAUAUUGCAUGUACACAGCGGAACCACGCCCCUACUGUCGUGUCACCCGCCGGGCGUGCUUCCCCCGGGGUGCCAGCAAUCCCCCUCCGCUCUCGGGCCCCUGAAAGCCUUUUGUACCACCAAGAGAGUACAGCGGUAUGUGACGGAUGGGGAGGAUCGAAGAACCAGUGAAUCCCGGGCCCCGGGGGUGACGGGACAAUCCAAACAUCUUAAAUUCGGAAUCAACAGAAUUUUAUCGGAGGAUUUCGGCAGGAAAUCUAGCGAGAAAGAAAACAGAGAAAAACAACAUGGCGACACCUCUAUUCUGGAGAGCCGGAUGUCGUGUGGAUGUGGAACGAUCGCAUGCAACUAUAUCAAUGCCCGGAUGGCCUUCCCUUCCGCGUCUUUGUCGGCUGUCCAUGCCAUCCAGCCACCAUCCUACCCAAUGUCACACUCGAUCGACUCACUGCCCGUAGGUCCUUACUCGAUACUCAACGAUGACGGCAGUGGAUGUAACCAAUCAAAACGUAAAAGAUCAUGGUCACGUGCUGUGUUCUCAAACCUUCAGAGGAAAGGAUUGGAGAAACGGUUCGAGGUACAGAAAUACGUCACAAAACCCGAUAGACGACAGCUUGCCGCCAUGUUGGGUCUUACAGACGCUCAGGUCAAAGUUUGGUUUCAAAAUCGGAGAAUGAAGUGGAGACAUGCUCAACAACAAAAAGAAAAAGAUGGCACACUUCCGGACGCUGAAAGUGAAACAGGAAGUGACGUAAUGAUCGACAAAUGUGACAAAUCUGUGUGCUCUGAUAAUUCGGAUGACAGUGAUGAAGAUGGUGAUGUGCCGAUCACCAGCGACAACAUAUAGAAAACAUUUUCGACCAACUUUGACUAUAGAUUAUAUAAAUAUAUUUAUUAUGCUAUUGUUA